ACGAAUAGGUAACUCACGUCGGUGAGCUAUCGUUCGCUUUGUUUACUACUUGGCGAUAACUCUUGGCGACCAUCCACAGUAAGGUAAAAACCCCGUUGAUCCUUCACUUCCAAACAAGUUGCGGGAUUACAGUUCGUGAAUACUGAGAUCAGAGAGGCGGUGCAUAAACGAGAGGGAAUUGCUAAGUAUGAAAUCGGUGUACCAGGUCAUUUGUUGAUAUCCGCCAAUAGUAAGAUAUGCUAGAAAUAUAUAUAUUGCUGCUUUGCGUUUCGCCAUUAAGGAAAUUAUAUUAGUACCUAUUGAUAUUCAAGAUGGACCAGUUGUUGAAGUAGAUAAAGAACCCUUUGUUGAAGUGGAUGAAGAAACUGUUGUUGAAAUGGAUGGAGGACCUUUUAUUGAAUCUGAUGAGGAGCCUGCUGCUUUUGAAUCUGACGAGGAGGCUGUUUUUGAAUCGGAUGAAGAGCCGAUUUUUGAAGCAGAUGAAGAGCCUGUUGUUCGCGGUUGGCAUAUGUUAAAUCCUAGACCUGUCGAACAAAUUAGACCUGUUGCUGAAGAGCCCGAAGUCUCAGAAGUGGAAAGAGAGGCGGCGAUCAAAGUACGCGCAGCAAUUGAGAACAGUUUUUUGAUCAACGACUCUUGGAAUACUAUCUAUGAUUGGCGAUCGUUACCUACCCUUAGAAGAGGAAGACGAAAACGCCUAAGAGAAGAAGGACGAAGCCCCCGUAGAGGAGGAGGACGAAAACGCCUUAGAGGAGAAGGACGAAACCCCCGUAGAGGAGAAGGACGAAGCCCCCGUAGAAGAGGAGGUCGAAGCCCUCUUAGAGGAGUAGGACGAAGCCCACGAACAGGAGGACGACAAAGCCCCCUUAGAGGACGACGACAAAGCUCCCUUAGAGGUGAAGGACGAAGCCCCCGUAGAGGACGACGUCAAAGCUCCUUUAGAGGAGAAGGACGAAGCCCCCGUAGAGGACGACGUCAAAGCUCCCUUAGAGGAGAAGAACGAAGCCCCCGUAGAGGAGGAGGACGAAGCCCCCGUAGAGGACGGCGACAGAGCUCCCUUAAAGAAGGACGAAGCCCCCGUAGAGGACGGCGACAGAGCUCCCUUAAAGAAGGACGAAGCCCCCGUAGAGGACGGCGACAGAGCUCCCUUAAAGAAGGACGAAGCCCCCGUAGAGGAGGGGGAGGACGAAGCCGUCUUAGAAGAUGACGGAGCCGCUUCAGUGGAUGUCAAAACACCUCAGAGCAGGAGGAACCUAUGGUUGUACAGGAUGCCUCUGCCAUUGUACGGGACCAACCUGUCAUUUCAUGGAAGGUACCUAGAGUUUCACGGAACCCAUCUUUGUUUUUACAUGAUGAAGCUGUCGAUGGAUGGGACGAAACUAUGGGUGUACAUGAAGUAGCUGUGUUUCAACAGCAUUUACCUUUGCUUCGGCCGGAUUACCCUAUGAUUGGACAGGACGAAGUUGUAUUUAUACCAGGCAAACCUGCCGUUGCUGCCGAACCUGUCCAGGAUGAAUCUGUGUUUGCGCAGUUUGAACUUGAUAGACCUGUGUUCAUACCUUAUGAACUUGGCGCUGCCAGGCAUGAGCCUAUCUUUGUUGGGGACAAAUCUGUCUUUGCGGUAGACAACUAUGUUCCUGCACAAAAGAAACAUGUCAGUGCAGAAGACAAGCCUGUCACUGCACGCAACAAACGUACCUCCGGCCAGGAUAAACGUGCCUUUGCACGGCGCAAACAUGCCGUUCAAGAAGAUGCAGCUGUUUCUUCAGAAAAUAAAACUUUUCAUUUUGCAGAUAAAAUUAUUUAUGUAAAAUAUGUAGCUUGUGCAAUUAACCACCCUGGUGAUAAAAAAGCCAACUUUGCUAUCCUGAACGAAGAACAGCACCCCAAUGUUGGUACUAAUCCAUCCUUUGGCAGAAUACCAAAAUCUGAUCUUGAACAAGGAAUUUCCAAAGCAGGCUAAUGGUAUCAACUCAUUGCUUUGGUAUUCUUGUCCUGUGUUCUGCCUAUCAUUAUAAGACAUUUGCUCAUUUAUAAUUUAUAUGGCAUUUUACAAACAGCUUCUGCAUUUCUCUUACAUGACACAUGAAAAAUUGUUUGGAUUUUCACCUCCAUUUUCUACAUUAAUUUAUUUUUUUGUAUUCAUAUGUUUCUAUGCAUUUAUAUUUAUUGUUAGAAAUGUUUGUUUUUUUUUCUUAUUGUAAGUAUUUCAGAUGCAGAAUUUUAAUAAGAUUUGUAGUUACUGGCUGUGUAUUAUUUUUAACCAAAGAAUUAUCAUUAUUUUCAAUAAAUUAUA